GAAGCCAAGGAAGGAAACAAGGAAAAAUGUCGCCAUGAAGGCCGAGAACCGCUGCCGCCGCCGCCGCCCCCCGCCGGCCCCGAACGCCAUGAGCCUGGGUCCCCGCCGCGCCCGCCCCGCUCCGACCGCCGCCGCCGCCGAGGCCCCCGUUGAUGCCGCAGAGCUCCCCCAGCGCCGCCGCCACCGCCUCCGACAUGGACAAGAACAGCGGCCCCGGCAGCUCCUCCGCCUCCUCGGGCAGCAGCAAAGCGCAGCAGCCGCCCCGCUCCGCGUCGGCGGGGCCGGCCGGCGAGUCUAAACCCAAGAGCGAUGGAAAGAACUCAAGUGGAUCCAAGCGCUAUAAUCGCAGACGUGAACCUUCCUACCCCAAAAAUGAAAAUUUUAGCAACCAGUCCCGUCGCUCCAAUUCACAGAAAAGCAAAACUUUUAAUAAGAUGCCUCCUCAAAGGGGUGGCGGCAGCAGCAAACUGUUUAGCUCUUCUUUUAAUGGUGGAAGACGAGAUGAGGUAGCAGAGGCUCAGCGGGCAGAGUUUAGCCCUGCCCAGUUCUCGGGUCCUAAGAAGAUCAGCCUGAACCACUUGCUGAAUUUCACGUUUGAACCCCGUGGCCAGGCAGGUCACUUUGAAGGCAAUGGACAUGGCAGCUGGGGGAAAAGGAACAAGUGGGGACAUAAGCCUUUCAACAAGGAACUCUUUUUACAGGCCAACUGCCAAUUUGUGGUUUCUGAAGACCAGGACUAUACAGCUCAUUUUGCUGAUCCCGAUACCUUAGUCAACUGGGACUUUGUGGAACAAGUGCGUAUUUGUAGCCAUGAAGUGCCAUCUUGCCCAAUAUGCCUAUAUCCACCUACUGCAGCCAAGAUAACCCGGUGUGGACACAUCUUCUGCUGGGCAUGCAUCCUGCACUAUCUUUCACUUAGUGAGAAGACCUGGAGUAAAUGUCCCAUCUGUUACAGUUCUGUGCAUAAGAAGGAUCUUAAGAGUGUCGUUGCCACGGAGUCACGACAGUAUGUUGUUGGUGACACCAUUACAAUGCAGCUGAUGAGAAGGGAGAAGGGGGUGCUGGUGGCCUUGCCCAAAUCCAAGUGGAUGAAUGUGGACCAUCCCAUUCAUCUAGGAGAUGAACAACACAGCCAGUACUCCAAGUUGCUGCUGGCCUCCAAGGAGCAGGUGCUGCGCCGGGUCGUUCAUGAGGAGAAAGUAGCUUUGGAGCAGCAGCUGGCGGAGGAGAAGCACACGCCCGAGUCCUGCUUCAUUGAGGCGGCCAUCCAGGAGCUCAAGACUCGGGAAGAGACUCUGUCAGGAUUGACUGAAAGCAGACGGGAGGUUACUGGUGUCGUGGCUGCUCUGGAACAACUGGUGCUGGUGGCUCCUUUGGCAAAGGAGUCUGGUUUUCAGCCCGGAACGGGUGUGCUGCAGUAUCUGUCUGCUUUUGAUGAAGAAACUACUGACGUUUGCUCUUUGGGCUCUCGUCGUCUUGCUCUUCCUUUGUUAGAGGAAGAGGAAGCAGUGUUUGAAACGGAACCCGAGGGACUGCCGGAGGCCUGUGAUGACUCAGAGUUAGCAGAUGAUAACCUUGGAGAGGGGACCAUUUAUACUGAGUCCAGUCAUCAGGAACCUGUCCCUAAGCCAGGCUUCACACAUCUGAGCAGCUCUCCUUGUUACUACUUCUACCAAGCGGAGGACGGGCAGCACAUGUUCCUGCACCCUGUGAAUGUGCGCUGCCUCGUGCGGGAGUAUGGCAGCCUGGAGCAGAGCCCUGAGAAGAUCUCGGCCACCGUGGUGGAGAUUGCUGGCUACUCCAUGUCUGAGGAUGUCCGCCAGCGCCACAGGUAUCUCUCUCACUUGCCGCUCACCUGCGAGUUCAGCAUCUGUGAGCUGGCUCUUCAGCCUCCUGUGGUCUCUAAGGAAACUCUAGAGCUGUUCUCAGAUGACAUUGAGAAGAGGAAGCGUCAGCGCCAGAAGAAGGCUCGGGAGGAACGCCGCCGAGAACGCAGGAUUGAAAUGGAGGAGAACAAGAAACAGGGCAAGUACCCAGAAGUCCACAUUCCCCUAGAGAAUCUACAGCAGUUUCCUGCCUUCAAUUCCUACUGCUCCUCCGAUUCUGCUUUGGGUCCAACCAGCUCCGAGACCCCUGGGGCCCUCUCCCUUUCUCCUCUUAGUAGAAGCCCAAGCUCUCCAGCAGACUUUCUGCUGACCCCUCUGUCACCCACUGCCAGUCAAGGCAGUCCUUCACUCUGCGUUGGGAGUCUGGAAGAAGACUCUCCCUUCCCUUCCUUUGCCCAGAUGCUUAGGGUUGGAAAAGCAAAAGCAGAUGUGUGGCCCAAAAGUACACCAAAGAAAGAUGAAAACAGCUUAGUUCCUCCUGCCCCUGUGGACAGUGAUGGAGAAAGUGAUAAUUCAGACCGUGUUCCUGUGCCCAGUUUCCAGAAUUCUUUCAGCCAAGCUAUCGAAGCAGCCUUCAUGAAAUUGGACACACCAGCUACUUCAGAUCCCCUCUCUGAAGAGAAAGGAGGAAAGAAGAGAAAGAAGCAGAAACAGAAGCUCCUCUUCAGCACCUCAGUUGUCCACACCAAGUGACACUACUGGCCCUGGCUACUUUCUCCAACUGUUCUCUCCCCUCCAUGCUGUUGUUUGGCUGCUGUCAUUUUUAAAGUAUUUGAGUUUGAACAGAUUAGCUUUGGGGGGAGGGGGUUUUCACAACAUGAGGGAAACCAAGAAAAAUUUAAAUACAGUGUAUUUUCCAGCUUCCCAUCUUUAAACCAAAAUAAAGUAUUGACACAAGAGAUCUCUUCCUGCCAAGGUUUUUAGUUUAUUGCCAGGUUAGUCUUUUUGACCCACGUGUAAUUUUCCUCUUCAUCGGCCCUCAAGAGUCGCCCAAAUCAGGGUUGUGCAGCACUGCUCUGCUGUGGCAUCGCAUCAGGGCGUCAUGGCUUCAGCCCAGACUGUUUGUUUUUAAAAAUGGUUGAAUCUCUUCUAUUUGUUUAGUUGUCCUCUUGUUUGAGAAAGAGGCAUGGGAAUAAAACCCAGUUAGGAUGACGCUCAGCUUAAACUGCAGUCUUUCUUCUGACAAAUAGCCCGGUUGUGAUGCCAGACCUGGAUGGCACUUGUACAUGGGGGGGGGGGGGUUGGCCUCUUCACUGUGGCUUGUUUAUCAAGGAAAACUGUCACUAAGGAACCCUGGAACCUGCCAACUUCUGGAUCAAGCUUAUUUCAAGUGACAGUGACCCAAAUUGUAGGAGUAAGAGAGUCUGGCAUGCCUGAAGGCAGAGUAGGGCAAGUUUGAAAGCAGUGGACUGCCCACUGAUUCCCCGUUGUUGUAGAGCAGUCAUGCCUUGGUUUGAGCUGAAUUUGAGUGAUGUGAAUUCUUUUGCUGAUUAAUAAAGUGGCUUGUAGGUAUAAUGGAUUGUGAAGGCAAAUAGUAAUAAUAAAUCACCUCCACAAGCA